AUGAGUUCAAUUACAACGGAAGAAACGAAAAUAGGAAAAGCAAGCAGAAAUACGUUCCGCUUGGGGUCACCACAGGAAAUAGACCAGUUUUCGCAGGAGUACGACAUAGUUAGAAAGCUGCACGUGCCAGCAGAGAUGCCAAACACGAUAAAAGCAAAGGAAAUACUGUAUGCAGCAGCCAAGAUGAAAAAGAUCCCCGUGAUAGAGAUAGAUGCAGAGGACAUACAGGACACAGCCUCUCUCGUUGAGCAGGUGCACAUUGAGGAGAAGAAUAUAGUAAGAAGAGAAGGUGCGCUCGUUAGGGCAAUGCGCAAUGGGUACUGGCUGAUUGUCAACUCAAAGGAGAAAGAGAACCCAAUUACAAACUACAUCAUCUCAGAGUAUGCAAAUAUCCCAGGGACAGAAGAGACUCCAAACGAGUCCUUUCAACUGUUUAUUUUCUCAAAGGAUUACUCAGCAGACUCAAACAGAGGGCUAGCGUAUCUCAUGCAGAUGAGAAGGGAAGAGAGCGCAGAGAACAAAGAAAAAACAAAAGACCAAAGAAGAGCAUUAUUGCAGAAGGAAGACUAUAAUGCACUACUAGCAAGAAAGAUAGCCCAGAUACUUACACAGGGCGAGGCCCCAGACGAGGCAGUGAUGAGCACUGCUGCAACAGUCCUUCUGGCAAUAAAGAAGUACGCAGAUGCAUACGAGAUUGAGUGCGUGGGUAGAGAGGUGGAAGAGAGAACAAAAAUAUACUACCACCUGCAGAUGAUACUAGACAGAAUGUGCGUGUGUAAUAUUGUAGCACCAGAGAAGGGCGCACUAGAGGCACGUACGCAGCUGUACAGAAUACUCAGUGAUGUUCUCCUCUCAGGCCUCUCCCCAAAGGAGAGAGACGAGAAAGAGAUUUCUCUGCAGAGCAUGAUGUGCGUAAGAGGAGAAGACAUAGAGGCUCUUUGGAGCAGUGCAGCGUAUGAGGCAACAAAGUGCCUGCAGGAAGAGACGGAGUACGUGCUUACAGUGCCUGCAAUCCGCCUUAUUCUGUACGUGGUUGAAGGUCUUUCUGUUGCAAACUCAUUUCUGCUAAUUGGAGAGACAGGAACAGGAAAGACAACAACUGUCCAGAAGAUAUUUGAAAAAAGAAAGACCCUUCUGACAGGCAGAUACAAAGAUGCAAGGAAGAUGCUGUGUGUGAACCUGUCAAAGGACACAGAUAUCACAGACCUACUGGGAUCGUACCAGUUUGCUACGUCAGAGCAACUGAUUCUCCACAUCAACGAUAUCGUACAAGGAUACUUCGAAGUAUUUUUCAAUGAAGAGAAAAAUGACGCAUUCUUAAGGGAGGUUGACAAGGCAGCAGAAGACAGAAGGGUAGAUGUGAUCAUUGACACAGCAGAAGACCUUCUUGCAAAGUUCAGUGAGAAAAGUGCAAAGGAGCCGUCUCAGAAGAAGGAAACAGCAAUUGCAAAGCUGGCACAGGCCCUCAGUCUUCUCAAGAAGAUUGAAGAUGGCGCACAGAAUGUGUGCAUAUUUGUAGAGGGGCCCUUAGUGCGUGCUGCACUGUACGGAUACUGGAUACUCCUGGAUGAGAGUAAUCUGGCACCAAAUUCCACCCUCCGGUACAUUAACACAGCAAUCCAGAGGAGACAGCUGUCAAUCAUAGAGGAAAGCGGGGCGAUCAUCCCAAUGAGCAGCAGAACCGUCAUAUUCCAGUGCAUCAACCCAGGAGAUGACCACGGAAAGAAAAACAUUGAGAUGGACAGAACCCUCUACCACUGGAUGGACGAAAUUGACAGAUACCCAGGGGACGUGCUGGCUGUAGCACAGGGCUACGGAAAGAACCAUGACCAGGAAGAGAUAAAGAAUAUCGUGCAGUUCUACACGGAGAUUAAGCGUAUUGCAGAGACACACGGUUUGCGCACUGGAAGCAACAGACCCGCCCUGUUUGGAAUCAGAAACCUGAUACGAACCCUGAAAAUGCGGAAUAUUCCCGUUGUAGAGGCAAUUCAGGUGAACUUUUUGACACAGCUCUGCAUAAAGCACAAAGUCCUUGGAAGAAAGCUGCUCCAGACAAUAUUCAAGGAAGAGAAGAGAGAAGUGCACAGGCUCCCAUCAACAGAGAACUACGUUGUCACACCACAGGCCCAGGAGUACAUCCGUGAAAUAGAGUCUGCUAUUUCCACAGGCACAGCUGUUCUUCUGGAGGGAACUACCUCUGUAGGAAAAACCUCCCUGAUAAAGUACAUUGCACAAAGCAGAGGCAAACAGAUUGUCCGAAUAAAUAAUCACGAGCACACAGAUAUCACAGAAUAUCUGGGAACAUUCGGCGUCUCACACACUAAUCCCACAGAGACAGAGACACAAAUAGAAGAGGACCCGGCUGUAAAAAGAAGGUGCAAAGGAGCAGAGUGCAAGGAGAGUAGAAAUGCCUCGGAAUUCGUCUAUAAAGAAGGUGCUCUUAUAAAAGCAGUCAGAGAAGGUCACUGGAUCCUUUUGGAUGAACUUAAUCUCGCACCCACUGAAGUGCUUGAGUCCCUUAACAGACUUCUUGACAGCAACAGAGAACUUUUCAUCCCAGCCACUCAGGAGAUUGUCAAGGCGCACCCAGAAUUUGCACUUUUUGCAACACAGAACCCAUCAGAGUCAACUGACUACAGGAACAGAAAGCACCUUAGCAAAGCAUUCAGAAACAGAUUCAUUGAGAUAUAUGUUGAAGAAAAGACAAGAGAGGAACUUGAAAUUCUUCUGCACGGAAUGCGCACAGGAAAGGUCUUUGCAAAAGUGCUACUUGACAUAUACGAAGAACUCAGGAUUCUCACGUGCAACAGAUCACACGAGUACAUUACACUCCGUGAGCUCAUGAAGAUUCUCCAAAGAUUCACACAGGACGUACAGGCCCCAUUCAUUGACACGCAGGCGAAGCAGGAAGACAGACUCUUCUACUACACCAUGCUGAUUCUCACAGAGAAAAUUCGUAACCCAGAGGAAAAGCAGAAGAUAGAAAAUAUCGUGUGCAAACACUUCACCAAGGUCUUCAAAAUACCCUGCACCACAAAGGCAUACAUCGAUGCAAUCUCAUUCCCCUUGGAGGAGGACGAGUACUCGCCCCUUCUUACACCAGGAGUCAUUCGCACACUCAGAAAGAUCGAGGCAGGAUGGGUCGCAAGUGAAAAUAUCCUUCUUGUUGGGGCACCAGGCAUUGGAAAGACCUACCUCUCUGAAUACAUCUCUCGAAGAAUGCAGACACCCAGCACCGUCCUUGGAAUGCACGCAGGAAUUGAACUGUCCGACUUUAUAGGCGGAUACAGAGAGACAGCAGCCCGGGACACAGAAGAAGAAAGACCUUUGUCCAGCCAAGCACUAGAAAGUACGCCCAGAUUCAUCUGGAAGGACGGCCCUUUGCUUGAUGCAAUGAAGAGCGGGACUGCACUGAUUAUUGACGAAAUCAACUUGGUGCCAGACUCCGUGCUUGAGUCGCUUAAUGAACUCUUUGAUGACAGGACUCUGCGAAUACACGAGACCAGCCAGCACAUCACAGCACAGCCAGGGUUUAGGAUCAUCGGAACCAUGAACCCAGGAGAUGACUACGGAAAGAGAGAGGUAGGGAAGAGUAUAUCCACUAGGUUCACAACCAUAUACGUGGACAGACUUGAAAACAAUGAAGAAGCCGUUAAAUAUUUCCUGUUCUACGCUGAAAAGUACGGCCUGUUUGAUGCACACGACAGAAGCGAGUUGUACAGGGCAAUUCACACGGCCCUGGCAAAGACACAAAUCCAAGUGGAGAGUGCCCGUGAGGCAGAAGUACUUGCCAGAUACGCUGCAAACUACCCAUCAGACACAAAUAUCCCAAAGAACCUGGCUACAAUAUUCAUAGAAGGCAUAGAACUAGUCAGGCAGAUGCCAGUCCAGAAUAUUGGGACAUUGAUAGACACAGAUGAACUAUUCGGCAUACACCCAUUUGUCCUGCAGAAGACACACGCUCAAACAAAAGCACAGAACUCUUCUUACACAUUCUCGCCACCAACCGUCAGAGAGACCCUGUACCGCAUACUGCAGUCACUGUUCUGCAGAUUCAAUUUGCUGCUGGAGGGACCACCAGGCACUGGAAAGACAAAAAUCAUUGAGGAAGUGGGCAGGCGCAUGGGGAAGAGAGUGACCCGAGUGAAUCUGAGUAACGAAACAGAGAUGGCUGAUUUAACAGGAAGGAAUACCCCCACAGAUAAAGGGAUUGUCUUCAUUGAAGGCGAGUUCAUUCGGGCUAUCACCCGGGGAGACUGGAUUAUUGUCGAUGAAAUAAACCUGGCCACACAAAGUGUGCUGGAGGGCCUGAAUGGCUGUCUGGAUUACAGAAGGCGCAUAUUUGUGCCUGAGAUAGGCUCUGUCUCUUUGCACCCAGAGACAGUCAUCUUCGGGACAAUGAACCCAAAGACAUCCAGGACAGACGGAAGAAAACUCCUUCCAAAGUCAUUCCUCAGUAGAUUUGUGCGAAUCCACAGGGGCGCAUUCUCAGAAGAUGAUCUUCGGAUUAUUCUGCUGCAGGCCCCUACGCCGCACUCCAGUGACCCAGGCGCAGUCCACACUCUUGUCGAUCAGAUACUCAAAAGCAAAAAGUCAUACGAUCUUAACCUGCGAGACUGCUUGCGGCACAUGGCCAUUGGCUCACCGCAUCUCAUCCCGUACACGCAAAGAGAAAGUGCAGAUGCAAAGAAGAAUGAACAGGCUGCAUCCCAGGACAUUCUCGAAUAUUCUGGCACACACCUGCCCAUUCUCAAGGUAGACAAGGAAGAAGAGAAGCACAGUGCAUAUCCCAUACAGAGAGAGUCAGCACCAAAAACCCAUCAGAUGCAAAUUUCACCCGUCCUGUUCUACAGAGGCACAGAAGAGGGGCUUUUCAUUGGAAAGGCAUUCCUGCAGUGCGACUUGUCACAAGACCAGGACUACGUCAUUGCACAUGGGAAUGUGCCUGCCCUGGAAGCACUUGUCCAUGGAAUAAACCACGCAUGGCCGUGUAUCAUUAGGGGCCCAGCAGGAAAGGGCAGGCUUGCACGCUUUGCAGCUGCAGUCACCAGGCGCAGCAUAUGCACAGUUUCCUGCCACAAGGACAUGGAGCCAUCUGACUUCCUUGGGAGGUACGUUAAGUCUGAUCAGGAGAAGGAGCAGGGCAUGCCCUUUGCCUGGGAGGACUCUUCCUUCAUAAAAGCCGUUGAGGCAGGCGCAGUCAUUCUCCUGAAGAAUAUUAAUCUUGUGAAAAAUGACGUGGUAGAUAGGCUGAACAGUCUGUUUGAGAUUGGAGGGGGCCUGGAGAUCCACGAGAAGGGAGGGAGUGAGACCAGGCGUGUAAUCACACACCCAGAGACUCGCUUUAUUUUCACACUCGCAGAAAGUGCAAAAGAUCUUUCUCCUGCACUCAUUAACAGAUCUAUACAAGUGAACCUGUCUGAGUGCUUCUCUUCCAUUGACAUAGCAAAGAUGCUGUGCAUUCCAGCAGCAAAGAAUGCAAUGCCCUUUACAACGGCAACUCGGCACAGAAUUCCUUCAGGCUUACUGCACACGCACAUCAGGGCGCGCAGAAUAAUUGCGUACAACACAGUCUCUGGCACUGGCCUUAGACCACUCCUCCGGGCACCUGCAGAUUUGCAAGAUUUAGGGCGAGAGUGCCCUGUGAGAAAUUUCACCCUAGAAGAAGAUAUUCUUGCGCACUUAAGAACUCUAGCACAGAGUGAUCUGGAGAAGGAGGUCCUUGACCUUUUGGCUGCAGGCAGAAUUGACGAGUCAAUUAGUGAGUUAGUCCAAAGACUCUCUGAGCAUGCAAUUGAGCCAGAGUACAGGGCAGUCUACAGAAACACAGAACUGUACACGGAACUCAAGAAGAAGUAUACAAUCUGUGCUGAGUUUGCAGCAAAGAGUGCAGCUGAAGAAGGAUCUAGUAUUAAGCCAGUCGAUAGAUCUGCAGGAGAAAUGAAAGACCCUCAGGACGUACUGAACUCUUUGCUCUCCCUUCAGGAUAAACUGGCGACAGGAAAGAGUGCCCUUAAAGCAUACUUUGAGGCAAUGGACCUGCCCUUCCUGCACAGGAAAGACGUCUCUAUACGCAUGGCCAGGAUAAAGCUAAUUGAAGCAGCGUACGGUCCGUCUGGUGCCUUGGCUUCUUUUAACUCACUCAAGAACCUUCCGAUUAUUCUGGAAAUAGCACGCGCACUAGACGCCCUGUCAGGCAAUUUGGAGAAAGAUAUUGCAGACCUGGAGACAGCACCGCCUGCAUACGAUGCACUGACUGAGCUGCUUGCAGCUUGCUUGAAGUACGAAAUUGACCCAUUAAUAUUCCUGGAGAUUGAGAAGAUUGAAGAGCAAAGUAAAUUGCGCGUAGAGAGUGCAGUGCGGCAGAUGAAAAAGAACUACUAUAUGUACAAGUACGGAGUGCGCCUAUUAUAUCCACCAGCACAGAUAGUAAGAGGACUGGAAGACCUGCGGGCAAAGAGAAAAGAGAGAAAUUUCAAGAAGUUUGCAUACUACUUGCAAGGCGUUGUUAAAGAUGCACAGCACGCAGAGUAUCCUGAAUCACUUGCCUUCUCCCUGAUACGCAGAGAUAUGUCAAAAUACUCUGACUUGUGGGAGUGCUUCUCUUACGCACUUCUGAAGAGCGGAAUAGAAAGAAUAUCUGCCAAGAAGCAAAGUGUACUCGUAUCUGAAAUAGGCUUGGCUGCACUGCAGGCAUGCGAUGGAACUACUUCGCCAAAGGACGGGCUUGCCAGGAUAUGCAAGUCCAUGACGCAAAGCGGAUCUUCAUUCUUGGCACUUGUGCCUCUGCACUCAAAGGCAGCACAGAUUCUGUGGCGAAUGUUCUCUUGCGAUUUAGUGAAUCCUGCAGAAAUAUUCACUCUAUGCGGAUCUCUUCUAUGCGAAACUACCUUCUCAAAGCACUCACCAGAUGCAUUCAUUGAAGGAAAGGAGAGAUAUUCUGUAUCAGCAGCAUCUGAUGGAAUAAUUUCAUCGUAUGCAAUGCUAGAGCACAGAGGCCUAGAUUUGUCUCUGGGUGAACAGAAGGCAGAUUACAAAGUCUCAGUGCAUCCACGGAUUGUUGAGCAGAUAGACCAGACGCACCUUGAGAUAAAGAAUGCGAAAAACCUCACAGGAAGAAUGAAAUAUGACUGGGGAGAGGAUGACGGUGCAAAACAGCUCCUUCUGGAGCACGUUCUGGAGAUUAAGUCUAUGCCCGUGGGUGUACCAGCACAGAAUGUCGCACUUGAACUGGACCGCCUGAAUGAAAGGGCAAUCCACAUAAACCUUCUGAGUACGCCCUUGAAUACAGCUAGACACGCAAUCUACAAGGAAUAUGCAAACCCAGAGUCAUAUAACCCAAAGAAGUACACGGAAAUACACGGAGGCUGGCUGCUGCACCUGUUCAGUGCACUCUCUCUUGAUUCUUCUAAGAAGCUUGCAUCCAGUGAGAAUGUGCUGUACGCAAUUGAAGAAUUCUUGCUACAGUCGACUGUAGGGGACAUGGAAAAAAGAAUUGAAAUCAUCAGGCAAAUGUCUGUCUCUGGAGGCCGCUAUGAAAUUAAUAAUAUUCUUGUAUAUUUCCUUCCGUACCUGGAGACUGUCAGAAGAAAAAAGGAGAAAAUUAGUGAGACAGUGAAGGAAGCCAUAAAAGAGGUGGAAACAGCUCUUGCAAUUAAGGUGAGAACAGAUGGUGCCAUAGUGCCAGUCAGAGAAAAGUCGAUCCUUAUUAAGGCAAAUGCCAUAAGAGAAGGUCUUGAGAACUUGCUGGCUCCAAUUGUCUCAGUGAUAAAGCCGCAGUUAUUCUACAGGACAGUCUCCCUUGCAUGCAUCUGUGACAAAGAAGAGUGUUACGUCUGCAUGGCGAAGGAGGUGGGAAGACAAAAAAGUCUCUUGGAAAAGGAAAGCAUGAGUGUGAAGCUUAGGUCUUUGUAUCUUCUCUUUGAAAGGCUCUCUGUCAUGAUGCCUGCUGGGAUCUCCAGGAUAGGAAUUAUUGGGGCAGGUGACUUCUACAAGCAUGAAUACACCGGGGAGGAAGAUGAACACAUUGUUCUUGCAAAGAUCGUGCACAGUGGAAUUGCUGUUUUAAAGGCAGAUCCUGUCAUUAACUUCCAGAUUGCCACAAGAAUCUCAGACACUUCGAUUAAGCUGCUGAACUACGCCAUGCAGGCCUCGCCUGAAGAGUGCAGGCUGAUAAUUGUCUCGCUUGGACUGUUCUUUGAGCUCAUGACCUUCGGGUUCUGUGGGGAUGACGACCAGGAAGAUGGACUGGAUGGCCUUAUUGAUGAGCUGGAAGAUGCUGGCAUGCGCCUGGGUGAAGGUGAGAAGAAUAUCUCUGAGAAGCUCAAAAAGGAAGAAGAGAUUGGCGAUGACUACAAAGAUGAAAAAGACAUGCAGAGCGAUGAAAUUGAUGAAGAGGAUGGGGUAGACUGCGAGAAUGCAGGUGAAGUCCAGAACACAGCAGGAGCUGAAGAUAAGCCAGACAUUGAAGUUGACAACGGAUCUGUCUCUGAAAACGAGGAAGAAUUUAACCAGAAGAACAAAGAGGCACCGGCAGAUAAAAACGAUGAAGGCGCAGAGGAAGACCCGGAGGCAGAAGAAAAGAAUGAAGAGGAAGGCAGCAAUGCAACAGAAGGAGACGAAAAGAACGAGCAGCCAGAAGAAAUUCACAUAGAUGAAAAUCAAGAAGAAGAUGCAGAGUCCCUGAACAUACAGGACAUGGAGAUGUGCGAUGAAGAAGGAGGAGAAUUCAAUAAGGAAGAUCUGGAAGAAGUAGAAGAUGGAUGUUCGCUUGAAGAAGAGUCCCUGGAAGGAAUUGACCUGGAAACAGGAGAUGAAGAAAGCAGUGAGAAUGUCUCAAUAGAGAAGUACGAAAGCGAAGAGUACCAGGAUAAUAUCAGGCAGUAUGAGAUUGCAGAGAUAGAAGCCAACCCAGAGCAGCUAUUCAAAGAGGAUGAAAAUGAAGACCAAGAAAGAAUUGGGCACGAAGAAGGCGAAGGAGCAGAAAGGGAAAUAGCCGUUGAUAAGGGCGAAGAGAUGAAUGAAGAUGCAGAAGACGUAGAUGCAGAAGAAGCAUAUACAGGAGAGUACCGGGAAACACCUCAAACAGAAGCACCUCAGAAGGCGCCCUUUGAAAAGCCAAAUUUGAAGUCUCUUGAUCCCCUUGCGUACUACGAAGAGAUCAAGCACAUCACAAACCCAGAGCUAACAAAGCAGCUGAGUGUGGUCCUGGAGGAAAAUGAGAAAUCCGCAUACGAAGGAGACUACGCAAGUGGAAGAAGACUGAACAUGAAGAGAAUUAUCUCGUACAUCGCAAGUGACGGGCAGAAGAACAGAAUCUGGAUGCGAAAGAGCAAGAACCAAGGACGCGAGUAUCUGAUAAGAAUAUUCGUUGAUAACAGUGGGAGCAUAAAAAACUCCAGUAUUGUCGAUGCACUGAUCAGAAGUCUAACAAGCAUCACUAACUCACUCGAUCUUCUGGGUGUGCCCUUUGAGCUGCACACUUUCAGCUCGACUGUCCACCAGCACCAAGACAUGCGCCGUCUCCUGGAAGGCCUUACCUUCAACGACAAAGAGACACGCAUAUCCUGGGUAUUUAAUGACGAGUACAAAUACGGGUAUAAUGUGCUAAUAAGUGAUGGUCUCUUUUAUGAUGGGUCUUUGUCACAGGGAAUGCUCUCGAAUACACUGCUGCUAAUUGUAGGCAGUGGGGCAAUGAUCAAAGAAAUGCGAACUGUCAAGUCUGUAAUUGGGGAGGUUGUCAUUGGAAAAUAUCUAGAGACACUUGCCAUACCGUACUGCAUUGUGGAUGACGAUAACCUUUUGGAAGUUGUUUUCUGCAGGGAGCUAAAGAAUAUUCUUCAGCUGGCAAAGCGGUCUGAGAACUAG